UUCUUCUUCGCUUUAGUAUUUCGUUAGGAUAUAUUUUAAGUGCAUUUGGCCUGCAAUUAACGAGUAUACGCUUCAUUAUUUAAUUUUAUUGAUACACUUAACAGGUUCAUUCGUAUUACAAUUUUCUUUCCUCUUCGCGUCACGUUUCCGUUUCAUUUCUUUUCCUUCCUUCUUUCUCUUUCAUUCAAAUUCGUUCGACAAAAAGUCGGAAAUCCGAUUGGCCCGUUGCGUCACGUGUUUCGCGUUAUCUAUCCACGAGUGGAAUUAGCAAAACAGAUGUUCGACGAUACGAUUACACCGCGUCGGGUUACUUUUUCUGCUUCGACGUGCCGCAAAAAUCAUUCUUCGACUGUCAACUAGCGGGAACACACAGCCACGUGCCAUUUUGCCGGUGACUGAACCGAAUUUCGUGAUUUCUUCGUUGACCAACAUCGUCUUCCACGUUUGUGUCCAGUUUCAUUGAGCACUGAAGAGCAAGGAGAACGUCAAGGAUGCUGAGCAGCUUGGCAAACUACUUACUCGGAGGUAAUAUCUCCGCCGCGCAAGAUUCACGGGAAGGGACCAAUAACGAAACUCCGGAGUCCCUUCCAGUAAUGACGAGGCUCAGUCAGGUGGAGGUUGAAGGGGAAGAUUGGAUCCUCAUUGACCGUGCAGUUGAGGGCGCGACGACUCUGGAAGAUUCGUGGUACGUAAUGCCACCCGCAUGUUUCACACGGGCGGGACCCGUGAACAUAGAAACAUCACCGCUGGAGGACCUGCUGAUCGAGCACCCCAGCAUGUCCGUUUACCGAGCCACAGCUUCUCCGGUCGACCCCGACACUCCACCGCCUACCCCAAACGCGCCGGAAGACCGGGACUCCGAAAACGACGUUCUACCCCCUCUUGUUUCCGGCCCGACGUCGGCAGCCUCGCCGGAACCUAGCCCAAGAGGAACCGAGGACAACCAGGAGAACACUAGACCCGCCAUUCGCGACGACAGACCUCCCAUCAGUCGUUCUCGUACUGAAAUGAUGAUAGUCCAGCUUCGAUCAGCGCAAAAGGUUCUCGAGAAGAGGACCACGCAGUCGCUGAAAAGAGGCCGUCUAGAGAGAAGCAACAAGCUCCGCGAGGUGUUCAGCGUGAAGGGGAAGCGUCCCCGUCGCCAAGACCGUUUGCGCAUCCAGAACAGUGGCGCGAACAACAACCGGAAAUGCUAGUCAUUCGAUCUCAGGCCAAGGUGUACUCCAAGUACCUUCUUCCUAAAGCAGAGAAAAAGUAAAACCUCUAAAAACGCGAAAAAAAAUGAACAAAAAAGAAGAAGAUAACACAUAAAACGAAGACUUACAGAGAAGACACGAAAAAGAAUAAAAAAAGAAGAGAAGAAGAGGGAGGAGCAACGAAAGGACGCGAGACUAAUCUGUUUAACCCCCGUCGCGAUCCUUGUUCGUGUAUACCGACGAUGUAUCAUUGCCUCGUGGACGAGACAGUCACGCGGAAGCGCGUAUAAACCGUCCGCGGAGGAAAUCCGGCGAACUCGCGGAGGAUCCUACCCUCGAACCGACUGCAAAACAAAGGCAACGACGUUUUUUAUCUCGAUCCUCCAGUUGCGAAACAAUGAAAAAGCUCCUGUAUCACGAAUAUUCGCUGCCGAACGGUUCAACUCGGUUCCAAGGAUCUCUCCGAAUCACUCAGCAUCCGCAAGGACCUUUCUCAAGCCUCGCGAAAGCAGCCUAGGCAGAAAUUCGAAACAGAAAUACUAAACUGCCACAGGGCUUCACGUGUCAGAAGAUAUUUAGCUUCUCCCGAGGAAUCAGUGUUCUUGAUGGAAGACCUAAGUCUCGCUAGAUUAGGUCUAGUCUCAAAUGGUGCCGGCCCUGCAGUUCGCCGGAUCUUCUCUACCGACAGUGCAACUAGGUAGAACGGUUACCGAUCAGCCUCCAGCGAUCCUCCUCUCUCCAUAAUCGCCGUCAAACUCUACCGCGGCGAUAACGUAUUUUAAAUUACCCAGUAGCAAGCGUGGAAGCUAAACGAUCAACCUCGGUGUCAAUGGGAAAGACGACAAUCGAAGUUUCUUGAAAUUUGCUAAGAGAGCCACACGUGUUUACAGCUUGCUACGAGACAUAGCGGUAGUAUGUCACGGGACACGGCGAGAGGAAUGGAAGAGAACAAAAUGGAGGAAAGAGCGGUCGCGCGAGGCUUGGUCUGGGUCCUGGUACUUCGUCCAUGGUACUCUCUUUAAUCGCGUGU